AGCCAUUAAUGAUUACUUGGUUCUCUAAGCCAAGCACGCGGUUCUUAAUGUAUUCUGCGAGGAGAUGCUUCUGUGAAAAGCCAAAGAUAGGUGAUUUCAUUACUGAUAAUCGUUUGUAUGACAAGCAUCAAAGGAUGAAGGAUCCUGAGUUCAAUAAUGUCUCGUAUAACCCUUCUGAGGAGCUUUAUAAGCCUCCAAACUCCGAUACGACUAGAAUGAUAAUGCCUAAAGUUGAUCCGGUCAAGUUCCUGAGACUAUAUGGAAUAACUUAUGAAAACUUUAUUAAAGCUCAGAGCGCUUAUUUCUGCGUCAAGAGACAAGAUAGAAUUUGGCAUGUAUUUGAUGCAAGCAGAAUUCCACUUGGAAGAAUGGCUGGAAGAAUUGCUAAGUACAUUACUGGCAAGUAUAAGCCAACUUAUGAUCCUAAAAGAGUGCUUCUUAAUAAUGAUAGAGUUCUUGUAGUUAACGGAAGCAAUAUCCGUCUUACAGGAAAGCAGAGAUAUCAGAAGGUAUUCAGGCAUCAUACUGGAUAUGCAGGAGCACUUCAUGAAAUUUUGUUCAAGGAUUUGGAGAAAAAGGAUCCUCAGGAGCUUAUUAGAAGAGUAGUAAAGGGAAUGAUUGCUCCAAACAACACAAGGAAAUUGCUUUUAGAUAGAAUUAAGGUAUUCCCUGAUCAAUAUCAUACUUGCUAUCAUUUGAAAAUACCGCAAUUCAUUAAUCAGCCUCUUCCAGAUCCUAAUGAGAUGGUAUCUAUUCCGGCAGAUUUGGAUGAUCUUAAGAAAAAUUAUGUAGUAGUAGCUGAAGAAGUUGACAAUAAUGCAGAGCCUUAUGAUAUUGAAGAGUUGAGAGAUGUACCUCGUGAGUAUGACGAAAAUCUAUUCAUUCCUCGAAAUGUGCACAACCUUGAUUAUAAGAAGCAUCCAGAAUUGAAGAACAUCAAUAAGAGAGAAAUUAAAAAAUACAAGAAGAAAUCUCUCAGAAUGAGAGAAUACAAAUAA